AUGGUGGACGGCGGCCCGGAGUACGAGGUGGCAUUGAAAGGCACGGCGGCACCAUGCAAAUUCAGCUUGGACAGGACUGAGCUGGACUUUGGGGACAUUCCCUUUACCGAGGUGGGUGAAACCGAAUUGUACCUCUCCAACAAGGGUCAAGUGCCAGCAGGGUGGCCCAGCCUCAUGGCCAGUUUCAACUUCAACCUCUCUGGUGUCUCCCGCCCCUUCGUGGUGGACGUGGUGCCUUCCAACGGUGUGUUGAAGCCGGAGGAACGCUUGAAGGCCACGGAACGUCGGCACGGAUGA